AAUUGUGUUGGGUGUAUUUGUAAUCCUAGGGACACACAAACGUCAUUUGUGUAAACAUUUACUUAAUUUAAGUGUCCAAAAAGGACUAUAAAUAUUUUACCACAAGAUUUUGCAGCGUAUUUUCACCAUUAGAACCUUUAAGAGUUCACUGUACUAUUUUCCGAUGGCUGAUUAUGAAGUAGGGAAAGCAUACCCAGAACUGUUAAAAAACUUUCGGAAGCGUCGCAAUGAAAGCGAUGUUUUGUAUUCACUAAUGGUUGAGAAAAAAUCUGAACUGAAUUUAGAGCAUGCCGAAAGUUGUCUUAGUAUUGGUGCCGGACUCGGAGAAUACGAUAUUCAAUUCAUAAAACUAUGUAUGCCGAAUCUUAAAAAGUUCAUCGCAAUCGAAAGCAACGAGUUUUGCGCCAAGGAAUUAGAUUCAAACAUACAAACACAACUACCACAUAUCGACAAAGCUGUUUAUCAAGAGUCAAUCCAGAACUGGGAUGGUCCAAAAAAUGAAAUUGAUGUCAUCCUAAUAUUUCACAUGUUGUACGAUCUCAGCAAACAAGACAGAAUGAACCUAAUGCAAAAAUGUUUUCAAAAUUGGCUAAAACCUUCAACCGGGGUCGUUGUUAUAAUACACAUGAGCGAUGACGAGGUGGAAAAAGUCAACGUUAUGCAGAUGAUAUAUAGAGAAAUGGAAGGGUGGAGCCUUUUGCUUGAAGCAAAAGAGGUUAAAGAAGAAAUACGAUCUUUGAACCUAGUUAUUCAUCCAGAAUAUAAGUACAAGUGCACAAUGAAUCUACAAAACCUUGGUGUUGAUACCUUAAAAGAAAUGCAUAAUAAUGAAACCCAAAAAGUUACUUCUGACAUUAUUGAUAAGUUAUUGAAAAAAAUUGCUCCUGAUGGGUAUGGACAGUAUAUUGCAGAAUUGUUUGUAAUCAGAAAUCCGUUAAUUAGCAGUGAAAACUAAAAUGCA